AUGGUGGCAGUGGCAGCUGGGUCCAUGGUUUCUCAGCUUCUAGGACGGUCCUGCCUAUGUCGGCCUAUGUCGAGUGGCACUCAUGGCAAUGAGGGCUCAGCUCCCAAGCAGAAGGCCCCCAACUACUUCGUUAAGCUCUGCAGCAUGGGUGAAAGCAUGCUGAAUGUCUACUUGAAAUCACACCAUGAAGAGCACUGGAGACCUGAGUUCAUUGCCUACCACUAUCUCCACAUUAGGUCAAGACCCUUUCCCUGGGAAGAUAGGAACCCUCCUGUAUUCCAUACUCCUCAUGUGAAUCCACUUCCAACUGGCUAUGAAGAUGAAUGA